AUGUAACGACUGUAGGUUUAUACAUAAUAAUAAUAAUAAUAAUAAUAAUAAUAAUAAUAAAGGCUCUCAAAAUAGCAUUAAGUUUGAUUAUUGUUAUUAUUUUUGCUGACUGGAAAUUUACUCUUGGGUUCGUAAAUAUGGAAAUAAGUAAUUUGCCUGAAAUGCCCCCAUGGAUAAUGCAGCAGUUUACACCCUUUUAGUUCACGAAUACUGCUAGCCUGCUGCUAUCACUUAAUGAUAAUAAUAAUAAUAAUAAUAAUAAUAAUCAGCAGCAGCAUAUGGACGAUUAUGGAUUUAGUUUGAAAAUUUAUAUUGUCCGUUUAUCUAUCUAUCUAUCUAUCUAUCUAUCUAUCUAUUUACCCAGUUAUCUAUUGCUGUAGGAAGAUUUGGAAGAAUUUAAACCAUUUUAAGGAACUGCGUAAUUUCCCACCAGCAUUCUGGCAGCAGUGUGUGGUAUUAGUGUGGCUUGGGUCUUUAAUUUCUCAGAGAUAAUUGCUUAUUUGUGGUGUGUGAGCUCAGUGGCCAGCCUGUCUCUCACCUCCCCCCUCUCUAAUGAGCGCGCUGUAAAACUGCAGAGGCGCACAGAAGAGCUGCUGCAGAUCGGACACACACUUCAGCCUCAUCACACACACCACACACACUUCUCUCCUGUGUGCUCCUCUGCUAGACCAAGAGCUGUGGAGCAUCCUGGCAUCUCUCUGACCAUGGAACAUAGUUUAAUGCCGCGCUCUUUAUGGACCAACGACAGCAAAUUUCUCCACCAUCAUGUCCCUGAUUUCUUCACCAGUGUCCAGGUUACACAGGACAUACCGGCCGGAGUGUCCUUCGGUCCCUGUGUGCUUCAUAAUACUUUUUAUGACACAAUAGCGUUCAUCGCCUUGAAGUCGUUUGACAGAGGAGGGAAAUCCUAUGUGUUCAGGGUAGAUCCGGAUGCACUGAAGAGUUCUCCGUUAGUGGUUCCUUGGCUCAGGUUGGUGCAGGCUGCUGUGGACGCAGAAGAGCAGAACACAGAGGCCUAUCUGAAGGGCGGCCAGCUAUACUUCCGCACCAUCCGAGACAUUACCCAAGGGGAGGAACUGCUCGUCUGGUACGACGAGGAGCUGUCUCAUCUUUUGGGCUUCAGCGACAUUAAAACCAGGGCCCUGACAGAUGGUUACUCGUGUGGGAAGUGCGGACAGGCGUUCAAGCACGAAAACCCUUUUCUGGCUCACUGUCGCUUUCUGUGCGCUCAUGUAAAAGCGGACACACUGCGAGGAGACAGCGAGGAGAGACGCGCUGAAACGCGGAGACAGCGCAGUGUCACUGACUUUCACAACAUCGCCAGGGACAUGGAACACAAAAAGCCGGGCUUCUCAGAGGAUCGGAAAAGAAGACACGAGGAAGCCCUGAGUCCCAGAUGCAGAAAACCUGUUUUGCUGGAGAAAAAGAACAUGGCCAAUCACAAUAACCUGACACACGUCCACAAAGACUAUCCACAUGACCAGGAGUUUACGGAACCGACCAUCAAAGUCUCCAGCUCUCCAACUUCCAAGUUAAAAAGCGCCAAAAGCAGUGCGUUUGCAGAGAUCAAGAAAGCGAAAUCGGAACAGCCAUCCAACACACAGGAUAAAACCCAGGAAAAUCCAUCCGUUUCGACUUUACACUUGGACAGACAGGCUGCUUUGGGCCUUCAGUACGACUCUAGUGCCUUCUUGCUCUGGAGUGCGCAUGCGGAGCAAAAGAGCGCUUUCUGCAAACCCAGUAAGCUCAGCAUCACUGAGGACCAGCCGCAUCACAGACCCGUUGGCCCUUCAGAUGAUGUUUCAGAACAGGCAGCUUUGGGAUACAGAAAUAUGUUGUCGUCUCACUUGUUUCAAGGCGACCUGUCUAGCACACAGACAGUCUCACCGGCUCCCCUGGGCGCAGCGGGGUCCUUCCAUUACGCACCGGAAGUGUGGUGCAGGAACAUCAGCGGCCCUUUACAGCACACCUCCUCCCUCACUCUUCUUCCACCUACUCUCAGCUCUCUGGGUGUCACGGUGCAGAACUGGUGCGCUAAGUGCAACCUCUCCUUCCGGAUGACUUCGGACUUAGUGUUUCACAUGCGCUCGCACCACAAGAAGGAGUUCGCCGCCGAGGCUCAGGGUCGCAGGAGAAGAGAGGAGAAACUCACCUGCCCCAUCUGCCAUGAGUACUUCCGCGAACGUCAUCAUCUCUCGCGUCACAUGACUUCACAUAACUGAACGAUUGGACUAUAAAAAAUGUUUUCGGACUGUUUUAGGCUCGUCAGCUCAUGCGAUUAUUAUAGAGACAUAAUAGAGAGACAUGACUCAAGUAGCUGCUGCUGAAUGUUAACAGGCCAAAUGACACAAUGAGACCUGAAUACAGCAAUGGCAAAUUUGAAGUAGCCCAUAGUCUAACAUAAGCAGAACUAAGAUCCAAAUAGCCUAUGGUAAUUUUCAUAUACUAUUUAGAUCCCUUAUUAACCUGAAGUGAUAAUUAAUUAAUUGGUUAAUUGAUUAAUUGAUUAAUUAAUUCAGUAGGAUAAAAAAAUCAGCAGUCUAAUCUGAUCAUUUGCUGAGGUGUUAUUUUUUCCUCCUGUGGUCAAAGUUCUAAAUGUUCUCUAAAUGAACACCCAAGACCAGUACUGAACUUUCUGUGGGUGCCAUGAAUCUCCACAAGAUGGCCACAGAGCUCCACAACACAAUUUCCAGUUCACAUAUCAUGACCUUAGUUUUCUAUCUGUCUUUCUAUCUGUCCAUUCAGUGAAAGGGGAAACUGAACCAUACAAUACUAAUGUCCCAAUAUGGCUGCGACUAAUAGGCCUACUGAGUUACAGUAGAUAGUGCCUUAUAAAUCUCAGGUUUGAAAAUAUAGAGCUAUGUCUAGACAUUUCACUAACUUUACUAGCAAACUGACUAAUCCAUGAGUAGGGUUUAUUUAGCUUUUUUUCCUGUUUUGUUUUGAUUAUAGUUGUUGCACUACUGUAAUUUCUUCCUAUGUAGGGUAUAGGGCAUGUUCAGUGACACUUUCAUCAUUAUAAAGUCACUUUCACCUUCACCACAAGGGACAAAAAUAUGUAUUUAUUUGCAAACUUUUUUUUUUUUUGUAAAAUGGUGUCUAUAGUCUUUAUAUAUUUGGUGAUACAUUAUGUCAGUAAAAGUCAUACUUUAAAAACUGCAAGAGUUUGGCUUUUAUUCUUAAUUGUCCUUGUAGUUGCGAAGUACCCGUUAAAGCUUAAGGAUUAUAAGAUAUUUUAAAUGAAUUGUUGAAAAUAUCUAUCCAAGUAAUGAAGCUAGAUUUCUGCAUAUGGAAAGAGGCUAGAUUUGCAUAAUAAUAAUAAUAAUAAUAAUAAUAAUAAUAAUAAUGGGCUUACUUACAAUUCAUUCAGUCAACAAGAAAUGACUUUUUGUGUUAUGUCUCAUCUGAAUUGAAGGUUUAAAACAAUAAAGAAGUUGAUUUUUAUCAUGGCUUGUCAUACAAUGAUCCAUUGUCCAGAAUAUCAUUUAAAGACCUUCAAGAUGCUUCAAGCUCAACUUGAAAUGGUAUUAACAUUAUCCACUGUAAUUCAACUUGACUGUGAUUGGAAAAUGUAUAUGUUGUGGAGAACUCUGCAAAAUAUCUUCAAGGGCAAGAAGAACAAAUUGUGCUCAUCUAUUUCCCAUGAUUUUCAUUUGACAUGCUCUUACAGGUGAUACACAUUGAGGUGAACAGAUGGGAUUUAGGAAGUAAAAUUAGUAAUCAUUACAGCAUUUAAAUAUACUCUAAAUACAGGCUAAUAUCAUUCUACUGAUACCGAUAUUUUGCAAAUAAAUCUUGUGUCAGUGGUUGACGUUUCUCAAAAAGGAACUGAAUAUUGCUUUUCUUUUUCUUUUUUUAUGCCUAUUAGAUAUUAGAGGAUGCAGUAUGCAUUGUCGAAAAGACCCAUUAUUGUGAAAUGCACAAGAAGAUAAACAGGAAAUGAUCUUCUGAUUUAUUAUAAGAAUUAAGUCAAUUAUAUACAACUUACAAAUUCAUGUUUCUUAAUGUUAAGUAGGGUAUAGCCUACU